AUGGAUCAGCAGAAGUUUUUGACGCAGCUUCAGAUCGUCUUGAAUCCUGCUCAGGGAAACGUCAAGGAAGCCACCGGCAUCCUUCAGCGCGAGUUUUAUAACAAGCCUGAAUCCCUCGUUCUCCUCAUCCAGAUCACGACCAGCCAUGAGGACGCGAACCUGCGACAGCUCGCCGCUGUUGAGGGCCGUGGCUUGGUGAACAAGCACUGGGUGUCGAUUCCCGCCGGCCAGAAGCCUCAGAUCCGUGAGCAGCUGCUCCGUUCCACGAUGGGCGAGGCUCCCCCCCUUGUCCGCCACUCGAUCGCUCGUGUUAUCUCGGCUAUUGCCCGCGUUGACCUGAACGACGGCGAGUGGGCUGAGCUGCCCAACUUCCUGGUGCAGGCCGGCAACAGUGGUAACAAGGACGAGCGUGCCGUGGCCAUCUACAUUCUGUUCACCAUCCUUGAGACGCUCGGCGAGGGCUUCGAGGAGAAGUUCCAGGAUUUGUUCAAUCUGUUCAGCAAGACCAUCCGCGACCCCGAAAGCGAGGAGGUCCGCAUCAACACUCUGCUUGCCCUGAGCAAGCUUGCCAUGCACCUCGAUUCCGAGGAGGACAUGGGCCCCGUGCGGUCUUUCCAGGAGAUCCUGCCUUCUAUGGUCGCUGUGCUCAAGGAUUCUAUCGACCAGAACAACGAGGAGCGUAUCAUGCAGGCCUUCGAGGUCUUCCAGACCCUUCUGGGAUGCGACCCCGCUCUCAUGACCGUUCAUCUCAAGGACCUCGUUGUCUUCAUGAACGAGAUUGCUGCCAACACUCAGGUCGAGGAGGACACCCGUACCCAGGCCAUCAGCUUCCUGAUGCAGUGCGUGCAGUACCGUAAGAUGAAGAUCCAGGGUAUGCGUAUCGGUGAGCAGCUCACCCGCACUGCUCUGCACAUCGUCACCGAGCUCGGCGACACUUCCUCCCAGGAUGAUGACAUCACCCCUGCUCGUUCCGCUCUGGGUCUGCUCGACAUGCUCGCUCAGAGUCUGCCCCCGAGCCAGGUUGUCGUGCCCCUUCUCCACUCCCUGGGCCAGUACUUCAGCAGCCAGGACCCCGACUACCGUCGGGCCGGUAUCAUGGCCCUGGGAAUGUGUGUUGAGGGCGCUCCCGACUUCAUCAGCACCCAGAUGCGCGAGAUCUUCCCCAUGGUUCUGCAGCUGCUCGCUGAUCCCGAGCCCAAGGUUCGCCAGGCUUCGCUGCACGCCGUGGCCCGCUUGGCCGACGACUUGGCCGAGGACCUGAGCCAGGAGCACGAGAAGCUCAUGCCUUUGCUCUUCCAGAACUUGGCCAGCGCCAUGCAGGAGUACAAGGGUGAGGAGGACGGCCCGACCGUUGACAUCAUGAAGGCCGGCAUCAGCGCCAUCGACGCCGUCGUUGACGGUUUGGACGAGAAGGAUGUUGCUCCCUACCAGGGUGAACUUGUUCCCAUUCUGCACAAGCUCUUCCAGCACCCCGAUUUCAGAAUCAAGGGAUUGGCCGCCGGUGCUCUUGGCUCUCUGGCCUCCUCCGCUGGUGACUCUUUCCUACCUUUCUUUGAUGAAUCGAUGCACCUGCUGCAGGAGUUCGCCACCGUCAAGGACAGCGAGGAGGAGCUGGAUCUGCGUGCCAGCGUGACCGACGCCAUGGGCGAGAUGGCUGGUGCUGCCGGACCUGAGCGCUACCAGCCCUACGUUGAGCCCCUCAUGCGCGCUACCGAGGAGGCUCUCCACCUUGGACACUCCCGUCUCAAGGAGAGCACCUACAUCUUCUGGGGUGCUAUGGCCAAGGUGUACGUCGAGCACUUCGGUCCCUUCCUGGACGGUGUUGUCAAGGGCCUGUUCGACUGCCUUGAGCAGGACGAGGAUGACCUUGACGUCUCGUUGGGUGAGGCCGCCAAGGACCUUGUCGGUCAGGAGGUUACCAUUGCCGGCCGCAAGGUCAAGGUCGCAAGCGCUGACGACGACGAGCCGGUCGGUGAGGACGGUGGUAUCGAGGACGUUGAUGUCGACGAGGAGGAUGAAGACGCCUGGGAUGACAUCACGGCCACCACCCCCUUGUCUCUCGAGAAGGAGAUUGCCGUCGAGGUCAUCGGUGACCUGGUUACCCACACCAAGUCUGCCUACCUGCCCUACUUCGAGAAGACCGUCGAGGCGGUUCUGCCCCUUGCCGACCACCCUUACGAGGGUGUGCGCAAGAGCACCAUCAGCACCAUGCACCGCUCCUACGCUAUGCUGUUCGCGUACGCCGAGGAGAACGGCCAGAUGGCCAAAUGGCAGCCCGGUCUUCCCUUGCAGGUUGAGCCUGCCAAGGAAGUUAAGAAGUUCGGUGAAAUCCUCAUGACUGCCACCGUCAAGAUGUGGACUGAGGAAGAUGACAAGGCUACCGUUGCCGACAUCAACCGCAACAUGGCUGAGAACCUCCGCUACUGCGGUCCCUCUCUCAUUGCUAACGAGACCACUCUGCACAACGUCAUCCAGAUGAUCACCGAUAUCAUCACCAAGCAGCACCCCUGCCAGCUUGAGUUCGGUCCCGAGGAAGAGACCCUCGAGGCCGGCGAGGAGACUUCGGAGUUCGACUGGGUUGUCGUCGACACCGGUCUUGACGUCGUGUCUGGCAUGGCUGCCGCUCUUGGCCAGAGCUUCGCCGAGCUGUGGAAGAUGUUCGAGAAGACCAUCCUCCGCUACGCUGGCAGCUCCGAGUCUCUUGAGCGUGCUACCGCCGUCGGUGUUCUCGCUGAGUGCAUCAACGGUAUGGGUGCCGCUUCUACCCAGUACACCCCUGGAUUCCUCAAGCUUCUGGUGCACCGCCUGGGUGAUGAGGACCCCCAGACCAAGUCCAACGCUGCCUACGCCGUUGGCCGUCUCGUCGAGCAUUCCAACGCGGAUGCCGAGAUCGUCAAGGAGUACCCCACCAUCCUCAGCCGCCUCGAGUCGUGCUUGAACCAGAACGUCUCCCGCCUUCAGGAUAAUGCCACCGGCUGUCUCAGCCGCAUGAUCCUGCGUCACCGCGAGAGCAUCCCUCUCAAGGAGGUUCUUCCCGCUCUUGUCAGCCUUCUGCCCCUGAAGAACGACUAUGAGGAGAACGACCCUCUGUACCGCAUGAUCUGUCAACUGUACAAGUGGGAGGACCCUACCGUCCGGGAGCUUACUCCUCAGUUCCUGCCCAUCUUUCAGUCCGUCUUGUGCGGUGACCAGGACCAGCUCGAGGACGAGCGCCGUGCCGAGCUCAUCGAGCUUGUCAAGUGGCUGAACCAGAUGCAGCCCGGCGCUGCUCCCUGGGCUGAGCAGCUGUAA